AUGAGUCUGAGUCGUACCAAGCGAAUCAGCUCCAGUAACUCUGUCCGGAGCAGCAGUGGGUCGAGGAGGCUGAGUGGUUUUGGUCCAGUUCAUGGGGGUUUCAGUGGCAUCUCCCUGAGCAGCAGCUCUCUGUAUGCGGGCACCAACGGGCAUCACCACGGCCUCGGGGCCCCACUGGCGUCCCUGUCUGUUAACAAGAGCCUGCUGGCCCCCCUCAACCUGGAGAUCGACCCCAGCCUGUCCAUGAGCCGAGCCCACGAGAAGGAGCAGAUCAAGAGCCUCAACAACCGCUUUGCAACCUUCAUAGAUAAGGUGCGUUUCCUGGAGCAGCAGAAUAAGAUGCUCGAGACAAAACUGGACCUGAUGCAGGGUCAGGGGGUAGGUCGAUCCAACGUGGAGCCCCUGUUCGAGGCCUACAUGGCGGGUCUGAGGCGCCAGAUGGACCUGGUCAACAAUGACAAGACCAAACUGGACGGGGAGCUGCGGAACAUGCAGGGCCUGGUGGAGGACUACAAACACAAGUACGAGGAGGAGAUUAACAAGAGAAACAACCUGGAGAAUGACUUUGUUAUCCUAAAGAAGGAUGUAGACUCAGCCUAUUUGGUGAAGGCAGAUCUGGAGGAUAAAGUUGGAUCUCUGACUGACGAAAUCAACUUCCUGCGCAACGUCUACGAAGAGGAGCUGCGUGAGCUGCAGGCCAGCAUCAAAGACACCUCUGUGGUGGUGCAGAUGGACAACAGUCGCAGUCUGAACAUGGAGCAGAUCGUCGCUGAGGUCAAAGCUCAGUACGAGGAGAUCGCAGCCCGCAGCCGAGAUGAGGCCGAGGCCUGGUACAAGAGCAAGUUCGACCAAAUGUCAGUGCAGGCCAGCCAGUAUGGAGAUGAGCUCCGCGUAGUGAAGGGAGAAGUGGGCGAGGUCAACCGACUGAUCAGCCGGCUGCAAAGCGAGAUCGAGGCGGUCAAAGCGCAGCGCGCCAGUCUGGAGAACCAGCUGGCCGAGGCAGAGGAGCGUGGAGAGCUGGCUGUGAAAGAAGCCAAAGUCCGGACCAGAGACCUGGAGGACGCUCUGCAAAGGGCCAAACAGGACAUGGCCCGACAGCUCCGAGAGUACCAGGAUCUGAUGAACCUGAAACUGGCUCUGGACAUUGAGAUCGCCACCUACAGGAAGCUGCUGGAAGGAGAGGAGGACAGACUUGGACAUCAGUCUAUUCUCAACAUCCAGGCUGUCUCCAACUACAGUACUAAAAGUACUAAUGGUUAUUACCACGGUAACAGCAGCUCACCUGCUCCAAAACUGCUGAUAAAGACGACUGAGACCAGAGAUAGCAGCAGAUACAGCACUCACUGA